AUGACAGGAAUCUCUUUCUACAUCUUCUCAUUUCAAGCUCUCUUCAUUCUAUGUCUACUUGUUAUCAUUGUCCUCCUCAUUCAAAACUAUGUUGACGAAAAACGUCUCAUUGCUACACCUUCCAUUAGGAAAGACGAAGCUAUUCUCACAGCAUAUGCAAGCAUCAAAAUCAACGCAUCUGCAGACCAGGUUUUUGAUGCAAUAACCUCAUUUGAAAGGUAUGGAAGUGGAUUUUCCCAAUACAAAUGGGACAAUGGUCAGGAUAAAAUGCCCGUCGUGGGCGCGAGGGGACUUUAUUCGUUUCGAGUCGAAGAUAUACAAGACCGUUGCGUACCUGUUGUCUUGACUUUGCUGGAUCCUGUGCAUAAGAAGAUGGCGGCGAAGACUACUCAAUACCCCGAUUGGCUUCUUGGCACGGAGAGAGUCCAGGAAGUUGUGCCUAUUAAAGGCAAGAAAAAUAUUUGUGAGUAUAGAAAUUGGAUAACAUUACAGGGGUUUGCGGCAUAUUAUCCUUUGUUGACGGCGAAAGAAGAGCUUGAGGAUGUUGCUAGGGAUGCGGCUACGGAAUUGAAGACGUUUGUUGAGACACGGAAGCACGAAGGUUGA